UGUGUGAGUGUGUGUGUGCGUGUGAGUGUGUGCGCGCGCGUGUGUGUGUGUGCACGCAAGGGCAAGUGGGAAGGGGGCGCAGCUCAGGACAGGGAGGCUCUCCUAGCGGGUCCCGGGUCCGGGUGGCGACACGAGCCCUCGGUCGGCCGGCAGCGGGCGGGUGGUUCCCCGAGCCCCUCCCCCGCGCGUGCGCGCCCGGGUCCGCCCUCCCCGCAGCCUCGACUCCCGCGCGGCAGCGGCGGUUCCUUCCCCCUCCCCCAGCCCUGGCUCCGGGGGACCCCGCGAUGCCGGUCCGCACCGAGUGUCCCCCGCCGGCGGGUGCCUCAGCCACAUCCGCGGCCUCACUCAUCCCGCCGCCGCCCAUCAACACCCAGCAGCCCGGCGUGGCCACCAGCCUGCUCUACAGCGGCUCCAAGUUCCGCGGCCACCAGAAGAGCAAGGGGAACUCGUACGACGUAGAGGUGGUGCUGCAGCACGUGGACACAGGUAACUCUUACCUUUGUGGGUACCUGAAGAUUAAAGGCCUUACAGAGGAAUAUCCGACCCUUACAACCUUCUUUGAAGGAGAAAUAAUAAGCAAAAAACACCCUUUCUUAACUCGCAAGUGGGAUGCGGAUGAAGAUGUCGAUCGGAAACACUGGGGCAAGUUUCUGGCUUUUUAUCAGUAUGCAAAAUCAUUUAAUUCAGAUGACUUUGAUUAUGAAGAACUGAAAAACGGGGAUUAUGUCUUCAUGAGGUGGAAGGAGCAGUUCCUUGUCCCGGACCACACAAUCAAAGACAUCAGCGGUGCUUCCUUUGCUGGCUUCUAUUACAUCUGCUUUCAGAAGUCAGCAGCCUCCAUAGAGGGCUACUACUACCAUCGGAGUUCAGAAUGGUAUCAGUCCCUCAACCUGACCCAUGUUCCUGAACACAGUGCACCCAUCUAUGAGUUCCGGUGACAGUGGUUCAGAACAGCGUCCAAAUAAAACUGAACUUGGCAACAAAGAGCUUUGCCAAGGGAAUUAUGUACCUGCCAGAACCAGGAAAGGUGUGUUCCUGCUUCUUCACAAGCAGACUUCAUCAGAAAGCAUGAAUGCUAACCUACAGGACCCAAGGCACUUGGCCGACCUGCAGGCAGGCAGAGGGAGCUGUCCACCUCCUACCCUCCUUCCUCUCCGCGGCAUUGUGUUCACCAUCUGUUUCUGAGCAACCUUAAAUGCACUUCCUUCCUGCACAGCUAACUUCUUCAUCACAGAAAUGCCAUCUGUCCUCGGCCUGCCUCCAGCUGAGUGGAAGGUCAGCUCCUGGGUCACCUCAGCCUUGGUGCUCAGUGGUCCCCUCCCAGGCCCUACUCCUUCCCCAGUUGCUUGUUUGGUAGCCCAAGGAAAGGCAGAGCCCAGCAUCUACCACCAAUGAGAUGAGGAGGGGACCCUGGUGGGCCUCAUCAGUGUUUGAAUCCAAUUGGGAUGUUUUGUGGGGCUGGGGGCUCUGCUGAGCCCCAUACUGCUAACAGUUCAAGGCUUGCACACGGCUGCCGGGUUCCUGGGCCUGCUGUCGGGGAUCACUAAAUUUAAGGCUUCCAGAUCCUUGGUGGGAGUAGAUUCCCAAACCGCUUUCUUAGUACAUUUGCUCCAAACUUCUGAACUUGAGGGCAAUACUAAAAUAAAAGAGUUUUUUAUUACAAAAUUGUUAUUUUUAUGGUACCUUUAACAAGGACCCUAUGGCAAAUGCACAAUUAUUCCGAAUUACAUUUUAUCGUUUUCACAUUGAAAACAGCAAAUGUUGACUUAGUGAUUUUUAUAUCUAUGUCUAUAUGUAUAUUUAAUCAACCAGCAGUUUUAAAACAAGUCAUCUGGUACAAAAGUUUCUCAGCAUUGCAUAAAUUACAGUGCUAAACACAAGAACUGUUUCUGGGGCCAGUUGAGCAUUUGUGCCUCCUCCUUUUGCUACUUAAAACAUCAGUGUGUCAUGACAACCUUUUCCAGAGGCAGAAGGGUCUCUAUUCUCCGGAAAGGAUGACUGAAAUGUUGAGAUGGGGUGGGCAGGAAAGAUAAAUGCGCUCAAAUAACUCGAGGCUCAUGUGCCAAAGUGUGGGGGAGGGGAGCGUUUUGGUUUGGUUUGGUUUUUCUAAAUGUUUAAAAAGCUUAUAAGUUGGCAUCAGUUGUAGUUCACAGAUAUGGUCAGGGUUUUGGGGAAUUCUGGUGGUUUACAGGUUCAAACACAAGAGGAAAAGCUUUAAAAUAAAUACAGCAUCAGGGCCAGGAGUGCAGCCGAUAGAGCACUAGCUUGUCAUAUAUGAGGACCUAGCCUCCAUUCCCAGGGCUGGGUAGAGGGGCACCAGGGGUAGCAGGUUGACUAUCCUUAUUCUGUGCUGUGUGUCACUAAUACUGACUGUUCAGGGAGCCUUAAAAGAGCAGAAGUGGGGAAAAGAACCAGCAGGUACUUGUGAUAUCUGUAGUCCUAAGAGUGCAGAGUACAACUUACCCAUUCAGUAAAAUCAGGGCCCAGAAACCAUAAAAAAAAAUCCCAAGACUUAGGUAGAAAAAUUAUUCCCAUCCAUUGCUAAUACUGAAUCACAUCAUUCCUUACCCUUGAAAAGCAGCAAGCUGGGCGCAGUAAUGCAUCUAUAGGCCAACUACGCAAAAGCCUGAGCCCAGGAGUCAGGGUCGGUCUCAGGUGAACCUAGACUUCAUCUCCAAACAAAAGACCUCAAAAUUCAACUGAGCAUUCAGUGACUGGCUCUCUUGAGAAAAGCCUGGCUUACACCCAAGGGAUACCAUCGCUACAGCUGCGCUGAAGGCCGACACUGAGAGUGAAGGAGGGUGAGGACUAUGCUGACUCUAUCCCUGCAGCACUCAACUCCUCUGCCUGUCCUUUCUACCGUGACAGCCAACCCUGUGUGUGCCAUGCAAGUAUCAUUCAGCAGCAGGUGGAGUCAGCCUGAACCUGGGGCUUGUGUACAACUCAAGUAGUGCAUCAGUGAACAGUUUCUCUUGUAAACUGGGCAGGCCAGAUUGUAGCAUAGGGACAACCUCCCGCCAACACACACACACCCUUUUUUUCUUUUGUUCUCUUUGGAGUCAGGUUCUCAUUGUAACUCUGGCUGCCCUGGAACUCACUAUGUAGACCAGGCUGGCUUUGAACUCACAGAGAUCCACCUGACUGCUUGGAGUACUAGAGUUAAAGGUGUGAGCCACCACACCCUGCUCCUUUCUCACUUUUAGCUAGGGAAGUGUUCCAGUUGUACUUAGAAAUGAAGGAAGGAUGCCUUUGGCAACCUUCAAACCCUCUUGAAGACUUGCUGCUUAGAAGUCUGCCCCUGAGCAUUGGGCAGGAAUAAGCGUGUUUCACUUAGUAACUCCUACCUGAUGGACAAUGAUUUUUCUUCUGUUCCUUAAGGACCUCUGGGCACUUGUCUCCAUCUGUAACUCUUUCCCAAGCUAUCUUGGUGGUUUACAUGCCUCUGGUACUGUGUGCAAUAUCUUUGACUGACACUUGUAUCUAACACUGAGAAGUAAAUGCAGACUGCAGAUUUCCUACUGUCGUCUACUCCAGCAAGCCAGCCCCAGGCAGGGACUAGCGGUCUGGCUGGUCUUACCCUCCACUCAGAAUGCUCCACUGCUGUGGCCAGCCAUGGCCUUCCGUGCCCUGCUUCAUCCUCGAGCCACCCAUCCCUUUGCAGAUUGUCCAGCAUUUCAGCUGCAGUCCAGAAGGAAGGAGACCAUUCCUAACGUUAAGUAGGAAGUCAGUCGUGUGCUGGCUCUGUUAGCAGUGUGAAGUCGGGCUCCAGUUUGUUUCUCAGUGUCAUCUGCUUUCAGAAGCAGGGGAUUUUCUCUUUAAGGCCUUGAAUGGAUCUUUUUUCCUCAAAAUAGUCACUGAUAAGCUAAUUUUUAAAAAGAAUGCCAUUAAGUAUGUUGCAUUGUGGUUUAAAAUUACUAACAAGUUCUGGGAAGGAAAAAUACUUGAUUUUGAAUCUUAAAUGUUUUUUAAAAAUUAGAUUUGAAUGGGCGCAAAGUUUGAAUAUUUUGUUUCUUUAUGGAAGACCUAUGGAAAGGGUUAGAAGAUUUGCAAUGGGAGAAGUAUUUUGCAAAGCUAUCAAUGUCUAAAUAAUUUUUAAAAAAAUAAUAAAGGUAUUUAAGCAGUGUGUGUCCAAUUUCUAAGUCAAACGGUUCCAUUAGAA